AUGUAUUUUAAUCAAAACGAACUUGUUGAGCCAGGUAUAGGACUCUGUUCAGUCUGUGGAGAUAGAGCUGAUGGUUAUCAUUAUGGUGUUCUUUCUUGUAGAGGAUGCAAUGCAUUUUUCCGACGGGCAGUAGCUUUUAAUCUUCAAUUUCAUUGUCGACGUGAAGGGCAUUGCGAAAUAAACAAGAAUGCCCGAUGUGCUUGCCGGUAUUGUAGGCUACAAAAAUGUUGUGAUGUUGGAAUGGAUCGAUCUGCUGUCCAAAUUAGAAGAGAAGUAAAAGACUUGUUAGGCCUUUCACAAUCUGUCAAAAAUAAUUCAGGUCCUCAAUCCUCCCUUAGUGCUGAUUCUUCAACUAUUUCACAGCCAUCUAUCAGCCCUUUUCUCUCUGCUAAUGUUUUUGACAGUGCAAAAUCUCUUGAUUCGCCACAACUAAAAUCUCGUUUUCUCGGUUCAAUGAGUUCCUCUUUGGCUAAUAGUCCACAGGUUGCCCAUCCCCUCGAUCGCUUUGUUGAAUGGUAUUUUUGCCAACGCUAUAGACGCUCCUCAAUGCUUUGCUCAACUGUAGAACAAAUUCUUCUUUGUUCUCAACAAACGGGGCAACAAUCAAAAAUGGCAACCGUUGAUGAUUUAUGUCAGGUCAAUAAAGUUCAGAUGGUUUUACUUUUUGAAUGGAUUGAACAAUUAGAUGAAUUUGAGACUUUGGCACAUUCACUUGACAAGAUUCGUUUAUUAAGAACUUUUGCUCCAAAAUAUCUUUUAUUAGAUAUUUUAAUUUAUACAUUAGAGCAAGGAUUUACUGAUUAUAUUUUAUUACCUAAUGGAAGUUAUAUACAUCGACAAAGUUUAUAUUGUGGAAAUCAACAAUCUAAUUAUGUUAAUUAUGAAAAUGGAGGGGUAGAAAUGAGGAAACUGAAAGCUUCAGAAAUGUAAGUGAUAGAGGGGGGUAAGGCUGGCGGAUCCAGGGAAAUCCUCGGAUAUCAGGAUUCGAUAUACGGACCGAAAAUUUCUGAUAUCCUGACUUCUUUUGGAUCUGGAUCCGAAUAGCCAUACUAUUCAACACUAGAGAUCGGAACGGGAUCGGGACCCGGUCCCGUUUCCCGGUUUCCCGGUCCUUUUUCCCGGCUUUUUUGAAGAUGCCGGGAUGAAACCGGGAUCGGGAAUUCCCGGUUUUCCCG